AUGUCGAAUACCGAUUUCCUAGGCCGCGCAAUAGAGGUGGUCAAGAAAGCUAUCGAGGCAGACACGGCAGCUGAAUACGAGAAAGCAUACCAACUAUACUACCAAUCACUAGAGCUAUUCAUGCUAGCACUAAAAUGGGAGAAGAACACCAAGUCUAAGGAGAUGAUAAGGGCUAAGGCGGGGGAGUACAUGGAGCGGGCCGAAAAGCUGAAGACGCAUCUGACAGACACGGAUAAGGGGAAGAAGAAACCGGGCAUGGUGGGAGCGAAUGGGAGUAGUACAGGCGGUGGAGGGAAGGGCGAGAAAGGGGAGGAAACCGAGGAUGCAGAUAGCAAGAAGCUGAGAAACGCUCUUGCUGGCGCCAUUCUACAGGAUAAGCCGAAUAUCAGGUGGGAAGAUGUUGCGGGUCUUGAGGGCGCGAAGGAGGCGCUGAAGGAGGCCGUUGUCCUGCCUAUAAAAUUCCCACAUCUUUUCACAGGCAAGCGACAGCCUUGGAAGGGGAUUUUGCUCUAUGGACCACCGGGGACGGGAAAGAGUUAUCUGGCGAAAGCGGUGGCUACGGAGGCAAAUAGCACGUUCUUCAGCGUGAGCAGUUCGGAUCUGGUCAGCAAAUGGAUGGGAGAGUCUGAAAGAUUAGUAAAACAACUGUUUGCCAUGGCACGCGAAAACAAGCCAUCGAUUAUCUUCAUCGACGAAAUCGACGCCCUCUGUGGUCCUCGAGGCGAAGGAGAAUCUGAAGCUUCUCGACGUAUCAAGACAGAGAUGCUGGUGCAGAUGGAUGGUGUAGGCCGAGACAGCAAAGGUGUUCUAGUCCUCGGCGCUACGAAUAUCCCAUGGCAGUUAGAUGCUGCUAUUCGUCGCCGUUUCCAACGGCGUGUGCACAUUUCGCUACCUGAUACAGCAGCCCGGACAACCAUGUUCGAGAUUGCUGUUGGCACUACGCCGUGCGAUCUUAAAAAGACAGAUUUUAAGAAACUUGGGGAGUUGAGUGAAGGUUACUCGGGGAGUGAUAUUAGUAUUGCCGUCCAAGAUGCACUUAUGCAACCGGUGCGGUUGAUCCAAACCGCUACGCACUACAAGAAGGUCGACGAUAACGGUAUUGAGAAAGUGACGCCUUGUUCGCCGGGGGAUGAGGGUGCCAUGGAGAUGAACUGGACAGAGGUGGAUUCUGACAAGCUCCUCGAACCACCCUUGCAACUGAAGGAUUUCGUCAAAGCCGUCAAGGGCGCCAGACCAACCGUAUCUCAAGAAGAUAUCAAGCGAAGCGAAGAGUGGACGAAGGAGUUUGGUAGUGAAGGCUCAUGA